UGAAAGUAGUUCAUCGUUACAGCACUUUAUUUACCCAGAAAUCUUCGCGCUUCAGAAUUUGCCGUCGAUCAAGUGCGCAGACGCCGAGGAUUCGCAGAGUGCGCAUGCGCUCAGUGGACAAAGGGUUGCCGAGGAUCCGCAGCAGGUUAGAAACAGCAAAGAAUUUGCAGGAAUCUCAAAACACAACACAUAAAUUAUACAGUGUGUCAGUUCACCAACAGUUGAAUACCACUGAUCCUUGAAUGUGGAGGAGGAGGUGUUUCAGAAGAGAACACACCAGUCAUAGCAAGGGGAACCCAACUACGUGGUUAGUAUAGUGAUGAGAUUUGGAUGUAGCCUCCUGGAGAUAAACCUUGUAUACUUGAACUUGUCUUCAAGUUAUUGAAGGAGUGUCCAAAUGUUUCCUUUACUUACCAAUAUAUCCAUUAUAGAUCCUUGGAGAUGAAGAACUAUGUCAUCCUAGUUGGAAAUGCACUUUGUUCCUGACAUAAAGUUUUCUGUUCUAACAGUGAAAUCAACUGGAACCAGGGUGCUGAUAACACAGCAGCAUUUGUUCACUACGGAUCAGCUCUUCAACUGUAUUGACUCUGUCAGAGGUUCACUUGACUUGAUGAAAUGCCAGAGAAUCGAUAGCAAGGAGAUAGCAUUCUCUUUCUCACCGUGGGGAGAGAGGCCGUACAUCUACUGUGUGGGAGGGGAUCUACUCAGUUAUCCAGCCUGAAGAUACAUCGUUGUGUCUGUGGGAAAUGACUAAUUCUAUCAUUCAAGCUAAAGAAACAUAAGAAAUUUGACUCCAGGGAGAGGCCAUUCACCUGUUCAGUGUGUGGGAAAAGAUUCACUCAGUCAUUUGAACUGCUGACACAUGAGCAAGUUUGCACUGGGGAGAGACCAUGUCAGUUCACAAUGGGGAGAGGCCAUUCACCUACUCAGGCUGUGGGAGGGGAUUCACUCAGUCAUCUGACCUACUGGCACAUCAGAGUGUUCACACAGGAGAGAGGCCAUUCAGCUGUUCAAACAUUGGAAAGGGAUUCACUCAGUCAUCUCAACUGAAGGAACAUCAGCAAGUCCACACUACGGUGAGGCCAUUCACCUGCUCUGAAUGUGGGAAGAGAUUCACUCAGUCAUCUGAUCUGCUGACACAUGAGCGAGUUCACACUGGAGAGAGACCAUUCACCUGCUCAGACUGUGGAAAACGAUUCACUCGGUCAUUCCACCUGCAGACACACCAACGAGUUCACACUGGGGAGAGACCAUUCACCUGCUCAGACUGCGGCAAGGGAUUCACUCAGUCAUCUCAACUGAAGGUACAUCAGCGAAUUCACACAGGGGAGAGGCCAUUCAUCUGCUCUGAAUGUGGGAAGGGAUUCACUCGGUCAUCUCACCUACUGGCACACCAGUCAAUUCACACUGGGGAGAUGCCAUUCAUCUGCUCAGAUUGUGGGAAAGGAUUUCCUCGAUCAUUUCAACUGAAGGUACAUCAGCGAGUUCACACUGGAGAGAAGCCUUUCAUCUGUUCAGACUGUGGGAAGGGAUUCACUCAGUCAUCUCAACUGAAAGUACAUCAGCGAGUUCACACAGGGGAGAGGCCAUUCAUCUGCUCUGAAUGUGGGAAGGGAUUCACUCGGUCAUCUCACCUGCAGACACAUCAGCGAGUUCACAAAGAGGAGAGGCCAUUCAUCUGUUCAGACUGUGGGAAGGGAUUCACUUGGUCAUCUAACCCGAUAGAACAGCCAUUAGUUCACAGCGGGGAGAGGCCAUUCACCUGCUCAGACUGUGGAAAGGCAUUCACUCAGUCAUCCCACCUACAGAGACACCAGUGAGUUCACACUGAGAGCGACCACUCAUUUGUUCAGACUGUGGGAAGAGAUUCAUGCAAUCCAUUUCCUUGCUCAGACUGAGGAAAGGGAUUCACUCGGUCAUCUCAACUUAAAUUACUUCAGUGAGUUAACACUGGAGAGAGAGAUUCACUUGGUCAUCUCAACUUGUGACACAGUACUGAGUUCACAGUGGGGGAAGAGUUUAAAUAAGUUUUAUGCUGGAUAUUUAACCUUCACAGUUGCUGUAUCCACAGGCAAGUUCAAAAAUGACUUGGAGAUAGACUGCAUUAUUGCUGCUGCUCAUCAAACCCAGUUCUGCACUCUGAUCACUGGUACUGUUUCUUCUGCUAAUGUUCACCUUUAAUGCAACUGGAGUUUAAUAAUCUGGGUCUGUAACAAAUAAAUUCUAGUUUAAA